AUGUCUCGUACCAUCAAGAUCACGACCCGGCAAGCCAUUCAAAUCGCCCAGAACAGCGAGAAUGGCUCUAUCGACCCCAUAAUUCUCCACCUCUUGGAGCUCGCCCUGUGUCGCAUAUGGCAGAAUAUUCAGAGCGAGCCUGAUAGCUACGUUAUGACCCAGGUGGAAUUCGCCGUAUUCAACUAUCACAGAGCAUUACCGGAGCUACAAAAUGAGACGGCACGCGAAGCUAUCUCGAGAUAUUGGGACAGCCACCACCUCAUCCUCGAUGCUACUUUGUGCAACGGCACGACAUUGAUCGAGCCUCCUCAGAUCUUCGAUCUCCAAAAAUCCUGA